CCUAAAAUUAAAUAAAACAAAAAGAGAUGAGAAUGAGGGAAUAAGUGCAAAGUAAAGAAAUUAAAGCUUCUUCAUGCUUGCUUUCCUCCACCCUCCUCCUCUUUAAUGCUUUUUUCCCCCUUUCUUUCCUCUCUGGUAUUCCCUUGGUGUGAUUCUCCACCAUCUCCCUAAAGAGCCAUCAAACUUUAUAAAAGAAAAACAUAAAAGCAUUCGAACACCAUGGUUUUCUCCUCUAUUCCAGUCUUUGUAGAUCCCCCCAAUUGGCAGCAGCAACCAAACCAUCCUCAAGCAAAUGGCAGUGAUAACACUCAGCUUCUUCCACCUUUACCUCCACAACAGCAUCAUGUGGGAGGUUCUGUGGGUUCAAUCAGGCCGGGGUCUAUGGCAGAUCGAGCUAGGUUAGCUAAGAUACCACCUCCAGAAGCAGCUCUCAAGUGUCCACGUUGUGAAUCCACCAACACCAAAUUUUGCUAUUUCAAUAACUAUAGCCUCUCUCAACCACGCCACUUCUGCAAGACUUGUAGGCGUUAUUGGACAAGAGGGGGUGCUCUUAGAAACGUUCCUGUGGGUGGAGGGUGUCGUAGGAACAAGAAGAACAAAAGGAGUCGCUCUAAAUCUCCUGCAUCAUCGGAGAAACAAACACUUUCUGGUUCCUCAAGUUCAAUCCCUUCUGCUGGAACCACCACUCACGACCUAAGUGGCCAGUUGCCACAACCUCCUAACCUUCCCUUCAUGUCUUCCCUUCACAACCUGAACCGUUAUGCUGUUGGAAACAUGGGUCUAGGGUUGCGUGAUAUUCACGAACAGAACAAUCACAUAGGGUUUCAAAUCGGUGGUAAUUCUGCAGCUGCUGGGGGAGGAAUGGACCAGUGGCGCUUGCAGGAGGUUCCUUUCUUGAACGGUUUUGAAUCAGCUUCGGGUGGCUCGUACCCUUUUCAAAAUGAAAGUAUUGAAGCAGCUUCUGCUUUGGUUGGAAAUAUCGCUACGAAUUCUAGGGUUUCUCAGAUGCCAUCAGUUAAAAUGGAAGAAAGUGGAGCUAUGAAUUUGUCAAGAGCACCACUGAGUGUCUCAGAAAAUAACCAAUACUAUUCAUGGAUUGAUAUGUCAGGUCUUGCCUCUUCUUCUGCUAAUCAUCUCUUGUAACUUUGACCAUAUAACAUGCAUAUGGUCAAAUUCAUAAACCCAUCACUUCAAUUGAACUUCUUUGCUUGAAUUGUUACUUACUUCCAAUCUCACCACCGUGCUUGAUGGAUCAGAGAAAUUCUAUCUCAAACGAUUUGGAUGUUCCACUGAACACCUAGCCUUGACUUCCAAGUUCCACUAUCAUCAUCAGCUGACAGAAAUUAACGCAGACAUGGUAGAAUUGAUAUCUUCUUGUAAUUUCAAUUCCGGUCAUUGAUUUGUGUUUAUGUUUUGUUUUCAUCCAGUUGAGUAUUUUGUGUACUA